UAGGCGGUAGGACCCCUCGCGGCUGGGCAGAGCAUGUGACCGUUUUCCAGGAGCGGCGGCCAGUCACGCCGGAAAGCUCUGCAGUCAGAAACUUGUGAUCAAAACAAGACGAGACAACACACACUGCCACAGUAUCGGAGCGCAGCAGCGACCAGCCACCGCAAGGCUCUCCUCCUCAACCUCUUCAGCGCUGUCAGCCAACAUGGACUGCGGGGUAAUCACGUCCAAGGCCAUCCUGCUGCUCCUGAGCCUCAUAUUUUGGGCUGCAGGAGCGGCCCUGACCUACGUGGGUGUCUAUGUGAUCAGGAGCUACAACAACUUUGAGAACUUCCUCGAGGACAAGUACACCUUGAUCCCAGCCGCUAUCAUCAUCAGUGUCGGUGUGGUCAUGUUCAUCUUUGGUCUGGUGGGAUGCUGCGCCACAAUUCGAGAGUCCAAAAUUGGCCUUAGCUUUUUCUUGCUGAUCAUCCUGGUGAUGUUUGCAGCUGAAGUUGCUGCCUUGGUAUUGGGCUUCAUCUACCAAAGCAGGAUAAAUGGAGACCUGCAGCGCUCUAUGAACGACGUCUUCAUGAAGUACGACGGAAAGAGCUCUGAGACCAGAGCUGUAGACUACCUGCAGACUCAGUUGCAUUGCUGUGGUGUUGAAAGUUACACCAACUGGACAACCACACCCUGGUUCUCCAGCCAUAACAACACCGUGCCUCGCUCCUGCUGUAAAAACAUCACGGACACAGAGUGCACAGGCAGCCUGGACCAACUGGACCUGCUCAACACAGAGCCGUGCAAGUCAAAGCUGGAGAUGCUCCUUCAGGAUGUGUUGAGUUAUGCCAUGCUGGUCAUCCUGGGCUUUGCCGUCAUUAAGUUCUUUGGGAUGUUGAGUGUGUGUGUGAUCACCUGUAGAACUAGCAGCCGGAGGAGUGGCUACCAGCCGCUUCAUGCCUGAGCACCUCCUGCGUCAGGGGUUGACUGCAAAAUAUCAAAGGGCGCACCAGAGGAGCAAUCUCCAACACAAACCACUGCUUUUGUAAUCUUCUCUUCUCUUCUCUUCUCUUCUCUUCUCUUCUCUUCUCUUCUCUUCUCUUCUCUUCUCUUCUCUUCUCUUCUCUUCUCUUCUCUUCUCUGUUAUUUUUUUCUUUCUUUUCUACUUUUUCGAUUUCCUUUGCCACCUCCCUCAUCCCUGUUACAGCAGUUUGGCUGAUUACCGUCUAAGAUGUUGUUAUUCGCCAGUGUGCAGAAACAUCCUAGUUACCACUGUCCCAGAUGAUUUUAAGUUUUAACUUGUGAUGUGAAGUCUAUGUGGGAAAACUCUGAACUAACUAAACUGGAGCAUAUUGGAGUGCUCCUCUCGUUGAAAUCCGUAUGAAUGUUCCUUACACUUGUCUUAUCAUCAUGUUGAACUAGAGCAUGGCUUUCAGUUUUGAUUAGAGGCAGUGGGAUAAUUUACCUCUCUGCAGAUUUUAAUGACACAGUACGGUUUAGCACCCUUACGUUUCUGUAGUGCCUCGCACAACCGCUGCCUUCUUUUGAGAUUGUACAAAUUACGGUAAUUUGUAACAUAUUAUUUUUAAACAAAAUGCAUCCUCGAAAAAAGAAAGAGGUGAUAUUGGAAAAAACGCUUUCAGUGCUCUUUGGGUGUCACUGUACAGUUUUGUGAGUGUGUGACGGGUUGACUUCAUUAUCUGACUCUCUAGGGUGUCAGGUAACACGCUUGCUCUCUCAUAUUUAACACUCCAAACUGCUGCAAGCAGAUGAUCAUCAGGAUUUUGAAAUGAUUUUAUGUGUGUCAACAUUGAUUCAGGUGUAACUAGUUUGGCAUUUGUUGGCUUCAAGACUUGGUAUCUGAAGAAGCUUUUUUUUCCCCUGCUGACCUGCAAACCCGCUGUGUUUGCUGUGACAGCAAAGGAGAGUGUGAGAGGAGAAAAACAACUUAGUAUUUUAGAUAUCAAGGCUUCUCCUUGGAAACCAAACCUUCUUGCUUCAUCACAUCAGAUGGAUAUUAUUCUUUGGAAUAUAUUAGAAUGAAUGACUUCAAUGUAUUAUCUUUUAGAGCCGUUGGUGAUUGUGAAAGAAAAAGUUAAUGAUUCACUGUCUCAUGUAGAGUUGCAUUAUUUAUAGCCAAAGGAAUAUUUAGUAUUUUAUGGUCAGUUAACUCUGUGUGGCUGAGUCACAGUUAAACAUAGUUUGUGUUUGGUUGUGUAUAUUUUAUUUCUGAAAUAAAAAAAAAAAAAAAAAAAGAUUGAACUGUCCACAAUAAUUGGUGUAA